AUGUUCUGCCGUUUCGUCGAAGGGAAGAAGUUCGACGGCCAAGAGUCCCUCGAAGGCUUCCUCCGGACUCUGUCAAGAGCAGGUCGGUCAGAGGUGCCGGUUGCAGCUGGAGGAGGAGCUGCGGCCCACAACGAACGCCCAGCAUACGCACAUGACCGAGCCUACUCUUCCGAUUUGAUGGAGAGACGCCAAAGAAUGUCCGUGGAAGGCGGGGCGUGGGAGACGGUGGGUUCGGCGCGGUGGGGGGCGCGAGGGCUGCGGCGAGCAUCAACUCAGUUUACGCACAACACGUCACCGCCGAACCACUCAGACUUGGUCCCAUCCACGACGAAGACAAGUGUUGGCAGGAGGGCAACGGUGCUUCCCCAGGCGCAUGGCGGGGUAGCAGUCAAAAAACGUUUUUCGGGAGUCACAGGUACAGUCGAAACGCACCGGAGUGCCGACGUUGGGACUAGCGCCAGAAGCACCGGGGGGGGACUUCACUUGUCGACGUCAAGGUCGAGAAAUUCAACACUCAAGUGGGAAGUCGCCAGCAGCGGUGGGGAGCUCAAGACGCCUACGAGAGAUCGUUCCGGCCCGCGCGGCGGCGGUUUCGUCGUGCGAGCCCUCUCGUCCGUUGACGGCAACGGGUCAGGGACGCUGUCGCCGGCAGAAUUCGUGUCUGCGGCGAGUAAGGUCGCCGGUCUCGACAUGCAGAUAGAGCAGGAGUGGGGAGAUGUUUUGGCGACGAAGUUCGCGGCUACCACGCAUAGAGGGGAGGCCGGAGGGGGCGUGAGAUGGCUCGGGGGAAGCGGGGAGGGCACGGAUACCCAUGCGCUGGACAUUGCGGCGUUGGACGAUUUUCUGCGGCCGAAACACUUCUCCCUCAGUGUGAUGACACCCUUCGGUCUAGUGGAGCUCUCGCUGGAAGACCAAUUCCUCACUUUGGGCGAUCUGCGCGAGGUGAUUAUCAACAAAAUGUUCUGGCGUCAGCACAACUGUCAGGUUCGGCGGUCGGACAGGGACAACUUCACGCUCUCGCGCUACUACGGCACCUUGCCGCUUGACACCGAAUCGGCGGGACAAAGGCGGAGGCUGGUGCUGGACGUGUUGAGACCAGGAGAGCUACUAUUUGUCACGGAUCGGGUGGCCCAUCACACUAGACAGGAAACGCAACGGAGCAUCCCUCGGUUUCAGUACAUGAUGGGGAUGCAAAGGCAGCAGCCGGGGAAGGCUGCCACCCCUGCAAUCGUCAAGCACGCAAGGUGCAAAGGCAUGAGCAUCGCGACCAAGCCCCCACCCUGCGGAGCAGUACCAAAAAGGAGGUGGUCUUCGGCCAAAACCGCUACCACUGGUUCGACUGGUGCAGGCGAACUCCCAAGACGGUCUUCAUGUAUCCCUUCCUCCCCCCCAGCGCGACGACAGUUCGUCGAUGACGGUACGGCGGCUGCAGAAGGCUCAAUUCCCGAACGACCAACCACGAGCGUUGUUAGGGCCUCAGCUGAGAUACUAUCGCAAACGGCGACAAGGAUAGUUUCGGAACCUCCUUCUCGCGAUCGAUCUUACGCAAGACGGCGAGCCGGUGACACAGGGAGCACGUCAUCAAACGGUGGUGGUAGCAGGGUGGCGAGGGGCGACUUGGCGGGAAAGUCGUCGGAUGGUGGGGCAGAAGAAAAGCGAGGGCGAAAAACAGCGUCGUUCCACGACCCAUCUCCGGCGCGUGGGCCACCGUCAACGAAAGGAACGCAAAAAACAGCCGUUGAAGCGUCCUUUGUCUUCGACUGGAGUGCGGGCCAAGUGGAGCGAUGGGUUGGCGAGACGAUGGAGUUGGGGUGCUAUCGAGAAGCUUUCCAAGCCAAAAAGGCGGGUUGGGAGGGUUUUCUUGCUUACGGGCGGGGCGAACACUUACGACGUACACGGUGA